AGACGGAUCACUCAAGGAUAGGAUUUGUGGCCGCCAUGGAAUCGGAGAAUGACCCCUCCAAAUUUAUGCCCAAUAGUACUUCGAGUAGCGAGCCACAGGCGCUCACGCUGCAUUGGACACUUGGCAUCAACAAGGAUGUGGUUGCAGGUGUGCACAACCUUUCGGACGCCGAGACAUCCGAUAUGUUCUAUGCAGCUGCUCACACGGGUGUGAUUUUCGACUACAACACCGGGGUACAACGGCUCUUGCAGGGGCAUGUAAAUCCAAUCUCAGCGACAGGGGUCUCGAAAGACAAAAAGUGGAUUGUGACUGCCGACACUGGCCCAGAUAGUAUGAUGGUGGUGUGGGAACGCGAGUCCGGCACUCCUGUGAAGACCUUCUUCAAUCCUCAUCCCUAUGGUGUCCAUGCGCUUGACAUUGCACCAAAGUUGCAAUAUUUGGUGACUUUGGCCGCGCCAACCCCUACUUCGGAUCCUCUUGCAUCUGCAUCCCAAGUUGAGCAGAGCCGUGCUGAGAAGGGCCAGAAAGAGGGAGAGCAGGACUACCAAACGAUCUCAGUUUGGGAUUGGCCAUCAGACAAUGAUGGGCCAAUUUGCACGGCAGCAGUAGGCACACAGGAUGUCCAGACCUGCGUCCUCUUCAACGCCUGGGAUACGCAUGAGAUAGCAACCAAUGGCAAACGCCGAGUAUUCUUUUGGACUUGGGACGUGGAGCAGCCCUUCCAGUUCUACUCCCCAGCCUUGGCUCCGCGGGACUUCAAGCAGCGCAUUGGAGAUUACACCCAGACCAUUUUCCUGCCCGACUCCACACAGGCGGCCACUGGUACCAUCGAUGGGGAUGUGGUGAUUUGGGACCUGUCCCUCAUUGUGGAUGGCCUUAGCAGACCUGAUGAGCGAAGGGCAGUGAAGAUCAUCAAGCUUUGUCCAGACAUCUCCUUGAAUGUCCUCCAGGUUCAUGAGAAAGCUCGUGUAGUCAUUGGCACUGGCGAUGGGGCUGUGCGUUUCUACGACUAUCAGUUCCGGGUGCAAGCAUGGUUCGAAGACCUCCUAGCUGGUGCCGUGAAGUCUAUCUCAUUUGAAAGGGCCAAUGAGGAUGAAGAGUUUGAGCAGGGUAUUAGCACAGGGGUUGGUGUUGAAGAUGAUUUCAAAUGCCCAAACUUCCUUGUUAGCACAGCCUCUGCUCUUGUGGUGAUGGUCGAGUCCAAGCUUUUCUAUGAGCUCUCCCCAGAGAACCGUCGGGGCAGGCUUGUGUUGCAAGGUCUGGACUCACCUGUGCACGGCCUGUGCUGCCAUCCGCAGCUUCCUUUGGUGGCAGUUUGUGGCUACUCAGGAUUUCUUCACAUGUGGAACUACAACACGAGAUCUUUGCAUUUGGUGAAGAUUUUCGAGAAGCUUGUGCCCCACAUCCUUCAGUUCUCUCCUGAUGGCAAGCUGCUAGCAGUUGGCUUCACAAAUGGCCACUGCAAGCUGUUGAAGUCCACAGAUCUCUCUGAAGUCGUUUCCUUUAGAGACUCCAGAGAUUGUGUGACCCAUAUUGCCUUCAGCUCAGACUCCAACCACCUUGCACUGGCUCAUGCCGACAGAUCCUUGUGCUUGUACCGGUAUGCGCACCGGCCGAAUGACAAGAACUUCCCCAUGGAGUGGAUGUAUUCUGCAAAGCACAAGUCCCAUUGGCGGCCCAUUGUGGGGCUUUGCUUCGCCGUUCCAGAGCCAGGAAAACAGCAGAGACUAUUUUCAGUCGGUGAAGACCGACGACUUGUAGAGUACAGUGUCAAGAGUUCAGAGUUUGGUGGCUUGCAGGUUGUUCAACCAGAUACAGUCGUGGAGCAGGAGGCUCGUCCCACCGGCUGCAUGUGGUACCCUUACUGUGGUGGCAAAGGAGACAACCAGAAAGUUCUGACCAUGAACGAUGAGUACAAAUUCAAAAUUUGGAACACAGUGAAUCGAUCUUGCCGGAAAACAGCACUUGCGCCAACCUAUGGAGGGCCCAUCACAAGGAUGACCCCUGUGUACGCAGAAGCUGAUGGUGAGGAGCAGUUCAUGCUAUAUGCCACACAUGAGAAGGUUCUGGGCUUGGUACAACUUCCUCUUGAUGGAAAUCCAAACAAGUGCAUGGGCUUGAUUGCCCACCCCGGACAGAUCGCAGCCAUCUCCGUGGACUACCAGGGUCAAUAUGCCUUCACUUGCGGAGGGAGUGAUUUGACGGUGAACCAAUGGAAGAUUGAUCCCCAGCCGGUUGCAAAUGCCAGUGUAAUGGGCGGAGCGGGCAUCGAGCCCUUUGUGAAGCUUCUUGAUGGUGGAGAGGAUGGGGCUUUCUUCUGUGACAUGAAGGACUACUUCUACUACUCACAAAUUAGGUCCCAAGAUGAAAACACCACCAAGGCUCGAGUCUUGGAUGGCAUGAUUCCUGUGGAAGAAAUCCCUCACCUCAUGUGUGCAUUGGGAUACUUUCCGACACAAUUGGAGAUCACCAACAUGACCAAUGAGGUGAAGUACUCCAAGUUUGCCGAGACCAGUGAGUAUGUCGACAGGAUUGGCUUUGACGACCUGGUGAAGCUCUAUGUGAACCAUAGGCCAGUCUUUGCUGUUGGUCCUGAGCAAAUCAAGCAGGCUUUUGAUGCCCUCAAGAGACAUGAGCCUGGACCACUUUCACGGGAAGCCUUCCUGAAUUUGCUGACUAGUCAUGGUGAGAAGACCAGUCUCGAGGAGCUUGAGCAAUGUUUCGAGGCUUUGGUCGGAGACUCUUCCAUCAACAGAGUCUUAGAUGAAGAGGUGGAUGCCUUGGACUUUGCACAUAAUGUCCUGGGCUUGGCAGAGGCUGAGCUCGAUGAAUCGCAAGAAGCGACCGUUCAUGCGGAAGGCUCGGAAUGGGCCGGCAACACCACCAUGGCCUUCUCCACAGUCGCUGCUCAGUGAUUAGAGGAGCACGAAUCUUUUCAGAUCCGGGACUGAACCGUGGGAAAUGCGAAAUUUAGAAACAGUAUCACAGCUCUUCCAAAAAGACGGAAGAUGCAGAUUCGGGCAAAUGCUCAUGCAUGCCAGUUUUCUGUAUCACCCCAAUGCAUUCCUUGUCCCGACAAGUCUCACCAGUGAUCAUUCCUCAAUGCUCUAGAGAAAAGACAA